UUUUUUUUAACUAAGCAGGUUUUACUUAUCAGUGUAACAAGGCAAAUAUUGACAUGACUUUCUUGCUAAUUUAUUUGGCAAUCUGUACUGUGAUUAUGGCUCAGGAAGUCCCUUUCAUGGGACCACGCUGGAUGCUUUCCGACCCGAUACUGAAUCUUUAUGAGAGAGAUAAGCAGUAUAUGUUACGGCAGGGCUCUGACAAAGUGCACAAGAUGCAAGUUCGUCAAUUCUUUGGUGAUGAUGACCCUUUUAGUGAAGUGUUUCGUAUCAUGAAUACGAUAGCAGAGGAAAGCGAGCGUAUGAUUAACCAGUCUUUGUUGCGGAUUAACGAUCUUUCCAAUUUUCAGAAACGUAUGAAUAUGACUUGUGAACCUUCUAUGGUGGAAGGGAAGUGGUACCAAAUGAGAGGAAUCCGCUGUGUUAGCAAUUCCGCGAUUCUCUCGCCUCUACAAGAGCUGAUCACUGCUGCUCCAGAAGCCGAAGUGGAAUCCCUUCAAGAAACAACGCCGGGGAACACUCUUCAAGUACCCUUAACACAUUCUGUUUCCGACUCCGUUCCGGAAGGUGUUUUGAUGAGUGUCGGAACGAAGUCUCAUUUCACGUCGAUUCCGCUCGGAACUAUUGUGCUUUGUGUUUUGGUGCUUUGCUUGUUUGGUGCGAUUAUUGUGUAUGUUCUCCAAGCAGUAAAGCAGAGACGCCUGGAUGGGCGUUCGAUUACUUCUCAUGCUGUAACUGAGUAUGAUCACGGUGUAAAUACCUAUUCUCCUGAAGGACGUCUUUUUCAGGUGGAAUAUGCUAUCGAAUCGAUUAAGUUAGGUUCUACAGCAAUCGGCAUUAAUACUAAAGAAGGAAUCGUUCUUGCAGUUGAAAAGAGAUUGACGAGCAAGUUGAUUGUGCCUUCCAGUGUAAUAAAGAUCAUGGAGAUUGAUCAUCAUAUCGGGGCUGCCAUGAGCGGUCUUGUGGCGGAUGGAAUCACGCUGAUUGACAAUGCUAGAGUAAAUGCUGCUAACCACUAUUUUAACUACGGUGAGCCUAUAAGUACGGAGAGUAUCGCCCAGUCACUUUCGGAAAUCAUGUUGUCGUUUGGAGAAGAUGACAAUACAAAGAUGUCACGACCAUUCGGCGUAGCUCUUCUGAUCGGCGGUUACACGAAGAAAUACGGCUUCCAAUUAUUCCUUACCGACUUAUCUGGGACCUACACGGAGUACAAGGCUGUUAGUAUCGGUGCGGGUUGCGAGGGUGCUACUGAUAUGCUAAAAGACCUGUAUAAGCCUAAUCUCAGUUUGCAAGAAGGAAUCAAAAUCGCACUGUCCACGCUCAAACAGGUUAUGAAGGAUGCGAUUACGAGCAAUAAUAUCGAUGUUGCGACGAUCACAGAGUCAGGAUACAAGCUGUACAAUGACCAGGAGGUAGAGCAGUGUCUGAACUUGUUGAAUUGCUGUAUGUUGGAUGAGGAGAGCGGUUGUCCGUUUUCUCUCUUCGGUUUCGCGUUUCAAUCGUUCUUCCCGCAGUCGUUGCAUUUCCUUUUCUCUCUUGAGAGAAAGAGCAUCAUCUAUCGAUGUGAUGAUUGCGUUACUAUUCUUUUCAUGACUGUGGUUGUGGUUAUGGUUAUGGUUAUGACUAUGACGGCUAUGGCUAUGGCUAUGGCUAUGGCUGUGGCUAUGACUUUGACUUUGACUUUGACUUUGACUUUGACUGUGGCUAUGAUGGUGAUGACGAUGUUCAUGGCGAUGACGGUGCGGUUGUGUAUAGACAGAGGAAGAAAUGGAUGUAGUAACUGUGACUUUCGGAGCUUGAAUAUCGGAUGGUUGUUGAAGCACUCGCGACUUGAGUACAUCCCGUUCUUCUUCAGGGAGAGAAACAGAAGGCUGAGCAGAUUCUUGCAUUUGCUUUUGUUUUCCAGCUUGGGUCUGUAUAUCCUGAAGCAUAAACCGCAAUAA